CGGGAGCCGGUGGUGCGUGUGUUCAGUGCCGUGACGGGGGAGACCCUCUCAGUCUUGGGCACUGUGUUUCUCCUGAGUACGUCUGUGGCCAGGCUCAUGACCCUGGUGUCCCAGCAGUGUGGGCUUCCCGUCAGCUCCUUCAGACUGAGCUCUCCCACCGGCCUGCAACUCUACGACUGCAACCGGCUGCACGACUACGCCAUUGACCUGGGGGCUACUCUACGGUUGGACACCUGGGAUGGGUGGGCGGAGUUCCUCAGAGGCUGCUUCCUGGGACACAGACUGACCGUCCAACGACACCUGUCUAGGGAGAGACCUGUGAUGAGGUCAGAAUACACAUCUACACACUGAACUGUAUGAUAGACUUACUAUCAACAGUGAU